AUGAGAAGUUCCAUGAGUUAUCUAGUUGUUGCUGCAGCCUUUUUGGCUUUAUUUUCUUCCGUUGUCUAUGCUAACGAUCCAAGUUCCCUACAAGACUUCUGUGUUGCUGCUAAAAAUCCUAAUGCUGCUGUGUUUGUGAACGGUUUAUUCUGCAAAGACCCAAAGCUUGUUGUGGCCGAAGAUUUCUACCUUGCAGGAUUCAAUAAGGUUGGAAUAGUUAAGAGCGCACAAGGGUCCCUUGUAACACCAGCUAAUGUUGCUCAAAUUCCGGGACUCAACACUCUUGGUAUCUCUUUGGUUCGCAUCGAUUAUGCACCAAGAGGCAUUAACCCUCCACAUACACACCCAAGAGCCACUGAAGUUUUAGUCGUCUUGGAAGGUAGUCUUAAUGUUGGAUUCGUCACAAAGGUUCUUCACAAGGGAGAUGUGUUUGUAUUCCAUAUCGGACUCGUACACUUUCAAUUUAAUGCUGGCCAUAUUCGAGCCGUUGCUAUUGCUGCUCUAAGCAGCCAAAAUCCUGGCGUUAUCAUAAUUGCUAAUGCUCUUUUCGAAUCUAAACCAUCCAUUGAUGAUGAUGUUCUCGCCAAAGCUUUUCAAGUUGACAAGAAAGUAGUUAAUUUUAUUCAAUCUAAGUUUUAA